AUGGACAAGUCACCAAAUAUACCGGCUGGCCCGUCCUUGGAGGCCCCUAGUGGUAGCCAGCAUGCGCAUCCCACGCUAUCCCGCGACUCGUCUAUGAGCUCGGCGACAAUAACCCCUAGAACCGACUCAUGGCCGUCAAAGCUUGCUUCGCAGACUACGGCAACUUCCGCAUCCUCGUCCGCCGCCGCCUCGCCGCUCCCUUCGCGUGAGCCCUCUCCAACUAGGCCAUUGUCGAGGACUGCCAGUAGACGAAGCGUAUCAGGGAAUGCCGGAAUCCGAUCGAGGAAAAACAGCCUUCAAGAUCUCAGUCCCGUGCGACAGGCGAAACAAAACAGCACGCCUACAGCACCAGCAUCCAAGACGUUGACUUCGGCCAAUACCCCUACCCUCCUGCCGUCUGUCUCAGACCCGAGCGCCAAUGUUGGUGCGCCUGUCAAGUCGCCCACCUCAAUGGACCAUGUGCGAGAAUCGCCCAGAUGGCCUAUUUCCCCCAGGUUACGAUCCCCACCGCCGAUCCUCCACAAGCCGAAUAUCGGCGUCCCUAGGAAAGCAGACUUAGAGGCGCCGUUGAUCCAUCUUCAGCGCGCCACUCCGCCGCAGCCAUCGCCCGACGUUCCAUCAGACACCGAUACCGAUGACUCCCAUCUCCCAUCCGGCGUGAGGACGCCGGCUCGAGGAGGAGGCGGGAGCACCUCGACGUUGGAGACAGUGCAAGAAGUCAGUCCAAUGAAUUCCCCGAGAGCGGCAGAGGGAUCGGUAGGGGAAAGGCUAGACGAUAGCAUGGCUUCGGAAACGUCGCAAGGAGACUAUCUCGGCCUUGGAAUUUCCAAGGACGGGCCCAACAUCCACAACGAGAGCGGCAGCGAGAACGGUAGCAUUAAAGCCAGCCGUCGGAGCGGAGCAGCAAGUGCGCCGCCACCCUUGACGAAGCAGCAGUCGAGCACAAAUAUCAAGUUGGGCGUCGCCAAAACCAAGACGGGUGACACUUUGCAGAGCAUGACAGUGGAGACAGAGACCGUGACGUCGAUCCCGCAAACCGCGCUUGCCCCAACAUCGGGAGUUCAAGGGUCUACUACCAGCUUACGCACGAAACCGAGCACCGAAACCAUUCGGCCUAAGAAGGACAAGAAGAGGUCGACACGGAAGCAGCCGACCGUGACGGCCGGCAAUGCAUCCUCCAAAGCCGACAUCUUCGAAGCGAAGGUUGCGAGCGCUGUGGAGGAAGCUAACUCGACGGAUUCCGAGGAAACGUUUGUCUACGAUUCUAACCCUCCAGAUGGCCGCGACCGAGCCCCGAGAUUCCACUCGCGGACGCCGAGCGCUACCUCGAUGGCUAGCCAGAUCGACCGCAGCGGCAUGCGUUCGAUCCAUGCCGUGAUGGAGAGCGCUGGCCCGCCAAUGAUGGUCAAGAAAAGCAUGAAGUUUGUGAACUCAUCCAACAGCAACGGGCCUAAUGACAAUGUCAUUGUGGAAGACGAGGGUAAGGGCACCGGGAGAAGCAAUGCCGGUUCCGCCCGAGGAACUUCGCGACACCAUCAUCAUUUUGGUCGCUGGGGCCGCAACGGAGUCGGCAACGGCCACCCUUCCUUGUUCGCCGAACACUCGCCCUUCAGCGCAUCGCUCGCCGCGGGAAACAUGGGUUCUCGGCAAUCCUCGGGCCCUCCAAGCCCUCGGUACGCCAACCGCGGUCACCCGGCAAACGGCAAGAGGGGGACCCAUCUCUCGGCGGGUUACGAUCUCGACGAUACAACGACCGGCGCUGACGACGAGACAACGCCUCUGAUGCAGUCUGCAACGAUACGGUCACCACGGCCAGGAAGGGCGCGGAGGGGUAUGCACUCGUUGCGCUCUAUGGAGUCGCAGACAUACCGCUCGCCGCCCUCGGUCCUCAAUCGGUUUGCGAGCUGCCUCGUAUUAACUGUGAUGCUCUUGCUGGUGGUUUCCGGCGCUAUUGGAUUUAUGUUUGCGACGUCGCAACCCCUCACGGAUAUCCAACUCAUGUCUAUGGACCACGUCGUCGCGAGCCAGCAGGAACUGAUGCUCGAUCUCACAAUCAAAGCGCACAACCCCAACGUCGUUGUCGUCGUGGUGGAUGCCGCCGACAUCGAGGUCUUUGCAAAGUCGCCCCACGCCGGCACCGACUCGGAGUGGUGGCGGCACACGCAUCCAGGCGAGGUGGGACCGCCGCCGCCCCGCAAGAUAGGGGAGGGCGGCAUCGAGACGCAGGAGGCUCUGCCCGACGACCCGGAUACGGCGCCUAACAUGCGGCUGGGCACGAUCACCGGGUUCGACAGCGCCCUGUCGUUUGAGGGUUCCUUCUUCCACAAGGGCAUCUCGUACUCGAGCGGCGAGGUCCGCCUCAAGAACCCCGGCAACGGCACCUACGGCGGGCCGGAGCGGUGGGAGCGCAUCCUCGAGGACGAGUUCCAGCUCAUCCUCAAGGGCGUGCUCAAGUACACCCUCCCUCUCAGCCAGCGCGUGCGCACCGCAUCUAUUACCGGCAGGACCACCGUCAAGCCUAACGCGGCCAACGACCCGGCUAUCAAGCCCAACUCAACUGAGCCUGCGGCUGGAGGUGGAGGCGACGGGCAGGUUAAGAUUUCUUUGGCGAUUGAUGCAUAA